AUGCCGCCCCGCUCCUCCGGCCCCGGGAGCCCCCGCGCACGCGGGCAGGAGCCGGAGCCCAAGGGCCGGAGCCGGCGCCGGCAGCAGCCCCGGUCCGGCUCAGGGGAGAGGGGCCGGGCGGCGAGCGAUGGUCCCGCCCCAGCCCGGGAGAGUGGGGAACCGGGGCUCUGUGAGGCGGGGCCCGGAGGGAGCGGGGGCGCCCGGAUCCGCCCCCCCGGGCCCUCCCCAGGACCCCCUCCUCCGGACGGGACCCCCGAGGGGAGGGAGGGGCGGUGUGAUGUAGGGAAAGCCGGAACCCCGGCAGUGUAG